GUGGGCGAAAUUACUGGUUAGCAAAGCAAACGAGUUGCGCUGUUGAGUUAGCCUAGACAAACCAGACCGAGGAACUAGCAAAACUGACGUUGGCCACUUUCGAGUGCUGCAUAAUUUGACAUUGCAGAUCGUGUCAUCAAUAUAGCUAGACUGUUUCAAAUAGACAUUUGCAAGGCGUUCAUCAACUUAGCUAACCGGCUACCGUCACAUAACGAGUAACUUCACACAGUGUUGAUCUCCGGAAAAGGUCUAUUGCGUGUUCACCCGAGGGGCAGACACCUUUAUUUUUACUCUCGUUACACUUGUUAAUGUGAGGCCUAACGUCAACUGAGAGAGAGAAGGGGUUUUGAGUGUUAUCUGUGUGAUGUAUUGGUGUAUUGUUAGCACCCUUUGACAGUUAUGCUCGCUCUUAAAGAGUUUUAAACCAUUAAACAGGGUAGGUACCUGGCUGUAAAGGAAGUCACUUUACUGGCUCGUGAAUACAUUUUGCAGACCAAAAGAAAGGGAUUCUGAAAGUAUUGCCACGUAUUGUACCAAUCUGAUGGUGAUCUGAGGACAAUGUCAGCAUCGUUUUCCCUUCCCUUCUCUUAAGUCAGGAUUUAUAACCUGUAGAUAGAAAUCAACACAAUGCUAGUCACCUCAUAGCGAUAAGCCCAACUCCAUUUUGUUAUGUGACAUAAAUGUACCUCACCUGUUUCUCCCUGUCAUAGCCCCCCAGCUGUUUGGAUGAGGUGAGCGCAGGCUUUUUUUGCUGUCUUCCUAAAAGCAGCGCUGUGAGACUCGCACGCACCUUCAUUCUCACAGACCGUGUCUGUACCCAGAGAUAGAAUGAGUUGGUGAGGAGAAGGAAGAAAAGGCUCUGAAGCCGAGGGUCGGCACAACACCUUGUCCUGCUCGCAAGCUGUCACCAGAGAGUCUAGAAGGACCAGCCAGGCAUCACAACAAACAAACCAAACCACAAUCUCUUAGUUACCUGCCUUCCACUUCAGUACAAUCACAUCCCACUUCCCACCACCUCGACACCAGCAAAGACCGAGCACCUCAGGGACCCUGUGUCGUCACUGCAUCCUGGAGACUGGACUGUGCUCCACACAGAGGGUCUCCCAGGGUACACACACUGGCUCUGCAGUCUGCUAACUCAGCUAGCAGGACGAGGAGGACCACAACGGGGUAGACGAGGACUACGGGAUUUCAGAGCAGACGACUCUUAAAUCCUGGUCAUGACGUUUGGAGCCUCAGCCCACUGACUUGAAACACUGGAAAUUAAUGGCGCAGCAUGAUUUUGUUCCCGCCUGGCUCAACUUCUCCAAGCCUCUGCCUACCAAGUCCCCCGGAGCCGGCCUUGAGAGGCAUGGGCAGCACCUCUCUCGUGGCGACGCCCGCUCAGGUGUGAACCGCCGGCGCCGCCAUUACUCCUCCGACGGCUUCUUCAACUAUGACCUCAGGGCUUCUGCAGGUGACGGGUGGCAACACCCGUCUCUCUUGCGACACGACUCUGUGGACUCGGGUGUGGCCAGGGGAGGACAGGGGGGUUUGGGCGGUGGCACGGGGGGGACAGGUGGGAAGGAGACCCCCGGGUGGCACAGUGGCCCGUGGGGCCCGGAGGGACCCCUUCCCGGACGUCACCCGAAGAGGAACGGGAGGGACAAAGAGAGGGAGAAGUUUCCGUUCCUCCACCAGCGGAACGGAAACUUCCAUCCUCACAAAGGAGAGGAACGCCAGGAAAACAAGCUGAAGUUUGUCGAGGAGGAUUUCCCUUCGUUGAAUCCAGAGAUGAGCGGGAAGCCUGUGGCACAAAUACAUGCUGUGGGGACUCCGACAGGAGUCUGGGAAAACCCUCCCAGUGCCAAGCAGACCAGGUCUAAGAUGCUGGUCAUCAAGAAGGUUUCAAAGACAGACCCCAGCACUCCUUUCUCUGCUGGGUUUGCCAACACAGGACUCUACCCAGCCAACUGCACCAACGCCUUCGUGACUGGACCCAGCGUCCACAAGAACUUGAUACCCAAGCCAGCCACUGCCCCAAUCAAGACUGGUCCAUGGAAGCCAAAUGGAAGGGAAAGCAAAAGCAGUUUGGAUUGGUCCGGCAAGGACUCUGCCUUCACCAGCCCGGCACCAGGGACAAAGCCUGCGACCCCAGCCAACACACCGACCCCCCUGACCUCUAAGGAGCCUCCUUCAAGCACCACCCCUCCAAUCGACAUCACUCCAUCGCGCCUCAAGCUGAUGCGCCGCACCACCGACCGUAGGACUGACAUCCUCCGAGGCCUUAAGGACUGGAGGAAUGGAGACAGUCCCAGCUCAACCAGCCCCCCAGGCCCAGGGGAGGGCGAGGGAAGCACUCCAGAGCCGAAGGACUACGACGGCCAUGAAAACGGAAUCUCACACCUGCUCAGUGACUCGGUCACAGACCGCCUGUCUAGCUCACUAGAAGAGGAACACAGGUUGCUUAAAGCCAUGGGCUGGCAGGAGCAUCCUGAGAAUGAUGACAACUUCCUGCCCCUCACUGAGGAUGAGCUGAGAGAAUUCCAAGCUAAAAGCGAGCAGCUAAAGAGGAACGGGUGGCGACAGAAUGACGUCAGGGUGUUUCCGAAGCCUCGAGGCGUUCCCCUGCAUCUGGCGUGGAGAAACCCUGUUGCGAUGGAGGAGGGCUCUGAGUCAGAGACCAGCAGCAGCAGCCAGACCUCAGGUGAUGAGGCAGACACCUGACUAGGCUCCGUCACCCUUCCACUUGUCUCCUCUGUCGCCUCUCGUCACGUUUCCUCCCUCACCACCUUUUUGUUGAGCUUUGUUUGUCUUGCUCCUCAAGCACGGGGAACAUUUGUAAGAUGCAUGCCUGAGGAUUUAGACAUGGCGCCUGAGGAUUUAUAGUUCUUUUUUUCUUUUUUCUCUCCCCUAGUUUUUGAUCCCCUUUUUUCUAGUUUUUUUAUUUAUUGAAAACUCAUCUACUAAAGGAUUUUGGAUUUGAUUCACGUGUCAACAAUAGAAAUUAUAAUUUAAUCACGGAUCAGAUUACUUUUUGACGUUUUGAGUAUACAAUUAAUUGCAUUUGUGUUGAGGGGAAACUAUCAUUGUGUACAGCUGAGAUGGACAGCUGUGGGUAUGAUUCUCACUCUUUCUAUAUAUGACAACACUGAACCAAACCGAUUUUCAAACAGUAAUAUCUCUUAAUUGGAGUAUUGCAGUUUUUAGUGUUGAAUAUUACUUGAGGAUUUAUGUGAGGACAGAGAGAGAAAAAUCAGAUUUGCAGCCUUUUUGUAAGGUUUAUUCUUUUUUUUUUCUAGUUUUAUUUUGUGUUUUCUUUAAGAUAAUUUUUCUUUUUGAAGUGAUGGGACAUGUUUUCCAGGAUUCUUAUCAAAUAAUUCUUGUUGAAUGUAGCCAGUAAGGGUGUGCUGAAUGUUGGGAUUUACAUACUUGGAGAUCUAUUUUACCCCAAGAAGAUUGUUAAACAAAAGUUGUUCUCUAAAUCUAAAAUAUAUUUUGAUGUUGGUUUGCUUACAUAAAGUUCAUCAAAUGUGACGAGAUUAGCAGUUCAAAUUGAUUCUGUAUCCACAGUUUUUCAGCAGGCACUAUUUUUAAACCUUCAAAGUUAAGUCCUGUUUAUUAAAAUGGUCAAAACUCAAAUCUGCAAUGCUGUGUUGUGUGCAAAGGGUUCCUAUUUCUCUGCUUAUGUCAAGGAUUGCAUUUUUGAAAUUUAGCUUCAAACUUUGCUUGCUGGUACAACAUUGAAAAAGCUUGAUCACAGACUCGAUCAGAAACUUCGUUUUCUAUUUUGGUACAACUGUCAAAUCACACAAUUAUAUUUGUUUGUUUGCAUAUUGUUCAUGAAGCCUUGAUAUUCAGGGUGGAUAAUAACAAAAUAUAUUUGAAAUUGUGCAUUUUGAAAGAUUAUUUUGAUAACAGAUUUGAAAGAUAACGUGUCAUUUGUGGCUUUGUCUAUUUGAGAAAAGAAACUACUGCAUAUUGGUAUAAGAGUUGUAAUAAAUAUUUUGCAUCAGUUU